AUGAUGUUAAGCUGCCUCUUCCUUCUGAAGGCACUUCUUGCUGUUCGGUCCCUGGAAUCCUGGGCAACGGCUGGAGAACAUGUGAAAGAGGGAGAAUCUCCUGAUAAGUACCCAUGCAAAGAGCUGUGCAAGGGUGAUGCAUCGUGUCCAGCUGGGCAGAAGUGCUGCACUUCUGUAAAGGAGACAUUCUGUAAGGGGAGGAAAGGAGAUUGUCCCAGGGUUGCUCAGAAACAAUUCUAUUUUAAAAGAUGCAUCACUGAUGAGACAUGUCCGGGCAUAAAGAAAUGCUGCACAUUUGGCUGCAACAAGAGCUGUGUAGUCCCAGUUUCUAAACAGAAGCUGGCAGAGUUUGGUGGUGAAUGUCCUGCUGACCCCCUUCCGUGUGAAGAGCUGUGUGAUGGGGACACGUCCUGUCCUCAGGGGCAUAAAUGCUGCAGCACCGGCUGUGGCCACGUCUGCCGUGGAGACAUUAAAGGAGGGCGGGGUGGUGAUUGUCCGAAAGUUCUGGUUGGCUUGUGCAUUGUCAGCUGCAUGAUGGAUGAGAACUGUCAAGCUGGGGAAAAGUGUUGUAAGUCAGGCUGUGGCCGCUUCUGUGUCUUGCCAGUCCCGCCACCCAAACUGACCACGAACCCCAACUGGACCAUCAGGUCUGAUUCUGCAUUAGAGAGCCCAGUGCCCUAG